GGUGGGAUGCAAAGAAAAACAAUUCAUCAGAUCAUUCAGUUCACACGCGCUCUGCUCUGCUCUGCUGCGUCAUUAUGUAACGCCCGGAGAGGAGAGGAGAGGGUUCCUGCUUCCUGCUGCUGCAGCCUGGGAGGGUUUGGGGACAUAUGGAGGAGAGGACAGCGUGUCCUGUUGCAGAGACAGACAGUCCUCCUCCUGCAGCAGCAGCGUGCAGCAGGACGUGGUGCGUCUCGGAGGUGUUGGGUAUGUCCUCCUCCGCCAGGUCAGUCAGUCAGGAAGUAGACCGCAGAGAGAGAGAGAGGGAGAGAGAGAGAGCAUGGCUGCUCGGCGGGGGAGCCAGCUGGUUAUUUUGGGAGAGAGAGAGAGAGAGAGAGAGUGACGAGGAGAGACCCACGUGUCCCCUGAGCCUCUCUGCUGCCUGGAGAGACAAAUGGAGGCCAAGAGGAGCGUGCGGCGGCGCGUGCGGUGCGAGAGCACAGCAUCGGUGCCCCAGUUCACCAACUCCCCCACCAUGAUCGUGAUGGUGGGGCUCCCGGCGAGAGGGAAGACCUACAUCUCUAAGAAGCUCACCAGAUACCUGAACUGGAUCGGAGUCACGACUAAAGUGUUCAACGUGGGCCAGUACAGAAGAGAUGCCACCCGCAUCUACAACAGCUUUGAGUUCUUUAGACCCGACAACACAGAAGCCAUGAAGAUACGCAAGGCCUGUGCCAUCGCUGCCCUGAAAGAUGUGUGUGACUACUUCACCAGAGAGCAGGGGCAGGUCGUGGUUUUUGAUGCCACUAACACCACCCUGGAGCGCAGAGAGGUCAUCCUCCGCUUCGCCAAGGAAAACGGUUACAAGGUUUUCUUUGUGGAGUCAAUAUGUGAUGAUCCGGGAAUCAUCGCUGCGAAUAUUAAAGAAGUGAAGCUGAGCAGUCCCGACUAUGUGGACUGUGACAAAGAGGAGGCUGUGGCUGACUUCCUGAAGAGGAUCGAAUGUUACAAGUUAACCUACAUCCCUCUGGAUGACAACACGGACAGGAACUUGUCUUACAUCAAGAUCUUCAACGUGGGCAGCAGGUACCUGGUGAACCGGGUCCAGGACCACAUUCAGAGCAGGAUUGUCUACUACCUCAUGAACAUCCACGUCACCCCGAGAUCCAUCUACCUGUGUCGCCACGGAGAGAGCGAGCUCAACCUCGUGGGUCGCAUCGGGGGAGACUCUGGGCUGUCGCCUCGUGGGGCAAAGUUUGCCAGUGCUCUGGGGGCGUACAUGCGUGGGCAGUGCAUCAGUGACCUGAAGGUGUGGACGAGUCACAUGAAGAGGACCAUCCAGACCGCCGAGGCUCUGGGAGUCCCCUAUGAGCAGUGGAAGGCCCUCAAUGAGAUAGACGCUGGGGUUUGUGAGGACAUGACCUAUGAGGAGAUUCAGGAGCAUUACCCAGAGGAGUUUGCACUGAGGGACCAAGACAAGUAUCGCUACCGCUACCCUAAAGGAGAAUCGUACGAGGACCUGGUCCAGCGUCUGGAGCCCGUCAUCAUGGAGCUGGAGAGGCAGGAGAACGUUCUGGUCAUCUGUCACCAGGCUGUUAUGAGAUGUCUGCUCGCCUACUUCCUGGACAAGACUUCUCAUGAGCUGCCCUACCUGAAGUGUCCUCUCCACACCGUCCUGAAACUCACCCCGGUCGCCUACGGUUGUAAAGUGGAGUCUGUCUUCCUCAACAUUGAAGCUGUCAACACACACAGAGACAAACCAGUGAACGUGGACGUGGACCGAGAGCCGGCGGAGGCAUUAGAGACGGUCCCAGACCACAUCUAGAGGACGCAACAGAACAGGGAGCUGGUCUCAUUUCCAUCCAGCCUCAUGGAAAGUGGCCUUUCUUUUAAUUUAAGAUAAUCAUAGUGUUCAUCGUUUUAUCGUGUUGUGAAAUGGAAAAUCAUUGUGAUAUAAUGAAAAUGAGACAUUUCUCCUAUGGCAGCCUAUUUCCAUUGUAAAUGCACUUUAUAAUGCAGGCUCAGGCCAGAUGUCCGUGAUAUGAAGAAGAGGCUUCCUUUACUGUGAAAAAUGAACUGCUACUGCUCAACACUGUUAUGGAUAUUCUCCAACGUAGUCACCUGCAUGUCUUUGUCUCUUCCUCCUUUCAUCCCGUCAUUCUGUUUCCUCUUCACUACUGGUACUGAAGCAUUAACCGACUUUAAAUCAUUCAGCCAGUU